CCAUUACUGAUGGAAAUCUCACAGUCUAAGAAGGCUAACACUUUUUAUAUCCUCCCUGGUGAAUUUGAUGUGUCGGUCCACCGAGUUAAUGUGAUCCAUGAAUUGUGGUACGUCCUAAGAUUUGAUUUUUCCCUCAGGUGUCAUCCACAUACCUGAACCAGGGUAGGAUAACAAAACCCUGUUUUCCACUUCUUCCAUAUACAAAUUGGCCACAAUGGGUGAAACUGGGGAACCCAUGUUUCUGCCUGUAGUACUGACCCUCGUAUGUGAAGUAUGUGGAAUUAAGACCCAGUUCACACACUUGGUCGGUUUAUAAGGUUGGGGAAACGUGCAGUCAGCUGAGACUGAAGAAGCCGCUCGCAUGAGUGACCAAACGCUUCGUCCAGAUGAGCAGAAUCAACGUUUUGGGAUUCACAAGAAAUAUUGUGAGAAGUUGAAACCCUUAGACAGUAAACAGACGUGAGAGGGAGGAUAAUGUGAAGUCGGUUGUUUCUUGUUUUCAGCGAGUUGCUGUUUGACAGCUGGCUGUCACAUCUCACAGGCUGAAGCCUCCUUGAACAAACUGACAAGGAGCGUUUUUAUUAUGUACUUCUGACAAAAACCAAGGAGAACACAAUGUUUACUGUGAUGCAUUUCUUUCCUCCGUCUCACAUUCAUAUGGCAUCAUUUCACUGGAAGCUCUUUUUUUUAAUGUACUUGAAUGACUUUUUCUAAAUUGGCAGAGGCAGAUCCAGCAAAGGCUUUAACUAACACACACCAUCAUCACCUUGAGAUUGUAAUCCGUUGGCUCACUGGUGUAAUCACUGAGAAAUCUGUUGCUUUUAUGGACAGACUCCGGAAUGUCUGAACUGCCAAAAAGUCAACUUUGAGUCGACGAGACUGCAAAUUGUGUCCUGUGAACUAUAAAGUGCUGAAAGCGCUGCCAAAUGCUCUCUCUUGUCCUCACCACAGUGAAAAAGCAAGGCCAGAGUGGCAUCAUCUCCUGCUUUGGCUUCAGCCCUUGCCAAUCUGUUUACGCCUGUGGCUCUUACUCCCGCUGCGCUGGCCUCUACUCCUGCCAGGACGGCACCCUGCUGGCUCUGCUGCCGACCCGUCACCACGGAGGUCUCACCCAUCUGCUCUUCUCCCCCGACGGCAACUACCUGUACACCGGCGGCCGCAAGGAUCCAGAAAUCCUGUGCUGGGACCUAAGAGAGCCGGGAAGAGUUGUGUUUUCUCUUAAAAGGAACGUGGCCACUAAUCAGCGCAUCUACUUUGACCUCGAUCAAUCUGGCAGGUACCUGCUGAGUGGAGACACGGAGGGAGUGGUGUCAGUAUGGGACACCCACACAGCGCCUCCUGAUGGUAAUGAAGAACUACUGCAGCCUCAGCUUAGGUUCCAGGCGUACUGGGACUGCACCAACGGAGUCAGUAUCCAUCCCUUCAUGCCGCUGCUGGCAACAUCCAGCGGCCAACGGCAGUUCCCGUGGCCCGGCGACAGCGAGGGUGACUCGGCCUCUGACACGGAGGGGAGCGGCGCUGUGAUGUCACAGCAAGACACCCGGCAGGACAACGUCCUGACCCUGUGGUGGGCGGGACCGCUUAGCCCUGCCGCUGAAGGGAGCCAAGACCAGAGCACUACAGCAGCAGAGGCCUGAAUAUCUGUCACUGCACUCAGCUGAUACAAAUCGAGUUACACAUGCCAUGUGAUGUUUGUGUGUAAAGCUGAUUUUGGUUUGUACAAAUAGAGCGUCAGCGGGCUGUUUGUUUGUAGUUUACUGCCAACUUCACCAGAACGUGGAAAAAAAAGGUUAAUGUCAAAGCCAAAAGUUAAGAGGUUCUUUAAAGCCUUAAUGCUGAGAUAAGAGGUGUUUUCUAAGGAGACGUUAGGACAUUACAAUCAAAUAUAACCAGCCUCUUCUUAAACAUUUACCUUUAUUUCAUUUUAGUAGAGACUCUACUUCCUGAAUAAGAAUACAUGUGGUGGAAGUGAAAUCCUCUCACUGUGUCCGUGCGUGUCUGCUGAUCGCGCCUCGGCCGUGUCGGCGGGAGCGUUUGUUUACGUGUGCGUGUAGCUGCGAUGCUUCCCCGGAGAUCUUUCACUGCUAUAGUUACAGUAAGUGCCAUUUGUUCUCAAGUUUUCGCUUUUGUAAAGUGACGGGGAUCUCCUGGUUUUAGCUUCUUUUUUAAAGUGCCAGACGCGACAGGUAGCGUUGCUCCGUGCAUGCCCACAAAUGUAUAUUUUUGUAAAGCCGUGAUGACGAUUCUCCUUUUUUUUGAAUGUAACUUCAAAAACAAUCUGUGGAAGUCUUGUAAUUAGCAGCUGCUGCUUGAAAUGUGCUCUUUCCUUUUUGUUUUCCUCCUACUGGUUGUGGUGCUUUUGUACCGUGCGAGUGGUGCUAGCAGCUCAGAAGACAUUGUGUUUGAUUAAUUGCAUUAAUACUUGCAGCCGUUUGUCGAAUGCUCGCGUUGUUACCGGGGUGCGCUUCCCUGUAGUGUCUUUGCAGGUUGGUGAGAAGCUCAGCGUGCUCCAACCAAAGCCUUGGAUCUUUACACUGAUUAAAUCGAUCACUUUUUAAA